CAGAGAUUGAGAUUGUGAUCUAUCAUGGGCGUCCGCCUGCGAAGAGCCCGGACGGUGUUCAGCCGAAUCUCAGAAAAGUCCGAGGCAGAGAACAUCUGCAUCGAGCGAGAUGGAAAAGACGAGACCGAAUACACCCAGCGGGGAGUCCAGGAUGUCGAGGCAGUGACCAUCACCUGGUCCAAGGGGAUGCUCAUCGCAGUAUUUGUCAAUAUCUGGUUCCUCUAUUUUGUCAAUGCCUUCCAGUCGACCAUCACCACCAGUCUAAACCCUUACGUGACGAGUUCCUUCCAGGCGCAUUCCCUCUCCGCCGUGCCGACGGCCCUGGGCGAUGCCUUUGCCGCCGCGACGUAUCUGCCCAUCGCCAAGAUGAUGGAUGUCUGGGGUCGUGCCGAGGGGUUCCUGCUGAUGGUGAUCUGUGCGACCAUCGGGCUCGUGCUCAUGGCCGCCUGCAACAGUUUUGAAAUCUACUGCGCCGCAAAUGUCUUUUACUAUAUUGGCUUCUACGGAAUGGAAUACGCAGUGGACGUGGUCACUGCCGAUGUGUCGACGUUGAAUAACCGGGCGCUCGCAUACGCCUUCACCUCCUCGCCGUACAUCAUCACCGCAUUUGCAGGCCCGAAAGUCGCCGACGAGUUCUACUACCAGGUCUCCUGGCGAUGGGGAUUCGGCUGCUGGGCCAUCAUCACGCCCAUCGUUGCGGCGCCUCUUUACAUCAUCCUCAAAUAUAACCUGUACAAAGCGGAGAAGGAGGGCCAUCGCAUCAAACGGCCCAGUGGACGCACCCUCCUCGAGAGUAUCGUCCAUUAUACAGUGGAAUUUGACCUCCUUGGGGUUGUGAUUUUCACAACCGGCCUGGUGUUGUUUGAAUUGCCGUUUGAUAUCGCCGCAUACGCCCCCGAAGGCUGGGGAUCCGGGUAUAUCAUCGCGAUGCUGGUGGUCGGGUUCCUGAUGCUGUUCGUGUUCGCCAUCUGGGAGGCAUGGCUGGCGCCGGUGCCGCUGCUGGAUUGGAAGCUGUUGACCAACCGGACGAUCGUCGGGACCGUGCUGCUGGAUGCGACGUACCAGCUAUCGAACUACUGCUGGAGCUACUACUUCACCUCGUGGCUGCAGGUCAACAACGACCUGACGAUCACGACGGCCAACUACAUCAUCAACAUCUUCGACAUGGUCUCCGGGGCGCUGCUGCUGUUUGUCGGCUGGAUGAUCCGCCGCGUGGGGCGGUAUAAAUGGACGCUGUACAUCUCCGUGCCGCUGUACAUCUUCGCGCAGGGGCUGAUGAUCUACUUCCGCCGCCCGAACAUGAACGUUGGGUACCAGGUGAUGUGCCAGAUCUUCCUGGCGAUUGCGGGCUCGGUCUUUAUUCUCAUCGAGCAGCUGGCCAUCCUGGCGGCGGUCGACCACCAGUACGUGGCGACGGCGCUGGCCCUGCUCAACGUCGUGGGCACUCUGGGCGACAGCGCCGGGCUCACGAUCAGCACGGUGAUCUGGCAGAACACGUACCACAAGGCGCUGCUUCGCUAUCUGCCCGAAUCGGCGCUGGCCAACAUCCACAGCAUCUACGAGGAUCUCAGCACGCAAAUCAGCUAUCCCGUGGGCAGUGCCACCCGCAUGGCUAUCCAGAAGGCCUACGCGUAUGCCGAGCUCCGCCUGCUGUCCGUCGGCUGCGGCAUCAUCGUCCUCGCCAUCCCGUGGACCCUCCUCAUCAAGGACAUCAAUCUCAAGCGCAAGCCGCAGGUCCAAGGCGUUGUUUUCUAAUACCCUCUACUUCUUCCAUUAUACCCUCUCUACGGAGUCUACCCAUUCUAUACCUUUCGCUUUCUCUGGCC